GUGCCGGUCGGGUUUCCGGGGGAACACUCUGAGGAACGGACCGACUGGUGUUCAUGUGAAAUUGGUCCCCCAGUAUACGUACUUCCGGUGACUUUGUUUUUGCCCCCUCUUUCUUUUUAACGUUCAGGGGUUUUCAGCCCUCAGGACAGGUAUUCACUGCAUAUGAAGUUUCUAAACUUUUCAAAGACAGAAGUUAGAAAUUUUCAUUAUAGCUGACUUGAUGAACUCACUUGUUGCUUAUGAUGAUUCAGAUUCAGAUUCUGAGGCAGAGGCUGGGAAGUAUGAAGAUGCUGCUAGUAGUGAAAUAGGCCUAGCGGAUUCUGCAAUGAGGGCUGUUCAGUAUUGUGGUGGGCUAUAUACAGUUAGUGGGAGCAAAGGCCAGCCUGUGGAAUGUAUUGGUAGCUCCAGAAGGAAUGUCUAUCAUGAAGAUGCUCUUUUACAGAACCUACAGAACAUUAAAAAGCCUAUGGUAACAAACUACCAGAAGACAUUUGAUCCUAAUUUGAAAAUAGCAAGUAGGAAUCAUAACCACUUGCUAAGCUCUUCAAUGAAACCUAAGUUGCUUUCUGGAAAUGAGAGUUGCUCACAGAAGAGGGUCCAUGACGACAGUGAUGUUCCCAUACAGGGACUGAAGCCAUAUAUUCCUAAAAGAAUGAGACUGGUGAAAAAUGCCGUUCCUCAUGAAGCUGAAUGCUCUGGAGAGAGUACAAACUGCACUAUCAAAAUUGGGACAGCAGAAGAUAGGAUGUCCAUUAAAGUUUCCCAGUAUAUGAUGCCAUAUAUAGGAUCCAAAUAUGGAGUUACUGAAAUUCCUAAGAAUCUGGUGUUUGAGAUGUCUGAUCACAGUGGUCCAGUUAAUGCAGUCCAAUGGUGUCCUCUGCAGAAGUGGAGCCAUAUGUUGCUCUCUGCAUCUAUGGAUAAAACUGUCAAGGUUUGGGAUGCUGUGGAUCAAGGUUAUUGUUUAAAAACAUACCCUCACCAUACUUGUGCUGUUCGAGCGGUUCAGUGGUUCCCAUGUGGAAGUCGUUUUCUCAGUGGAGGAUUUGACAAUAUGGUUCAUUCUAUAGAUAUUGAAACAGGAGCACAGCUUUUUACUAGUAGGAAUGACUUUCGGAUCAGCACUCUGAAGAUUCACCCUCUUGAUCCAAAUGUUUUUAUUUGUGGAGGAUUCAGUCCAGAAGUUAAAGCCUGGGAUAUGAGGUCUUCCAAGAUAAUAAAAGUCUACAAAGCUGCAGUACAGCAAACCUUGGAUAUCAUGUUCCUGCCUGGAGGAAAAGAAUUUCUUACCAGCACUGAUGCAGUAAGCCAAGAUUCAGCUGACCGUACCAUUAUUGCAUGGGACUUCCACACAGCUGCAAAGAUCUCCAAUCAAAUCUUUCAUAAAGCUACCCACUGCUUGCUAAAUAUCUUCAGGCUGGUUUGUAAUUGGAAAGUGAUCUACAAGAGCAAGCUUCAGGAGCGCUAUACUUGUCCCAGUCUUACACCUCAUCCUAAGGAACCUGUCUUUGUAGCUCAGACCAAUGGGAAUUACAUGGCCUUGUUUUCUAGUCUGCGACCAUACAGAAUCAACAAAAAGAAGAGAUAUGAAGGACACAAGGUCGAAGGAUUUGCAGUAGGCUGUGAAUUUUCUCCAGAUGGAAUGCUCCUUGUGUCAGGAAGUUCAGAUGGCAACGUGUUUUUCUACAACUAUCACACCUCUAGAAUCAUUCGCACCUUAUCUGGGCACAGUCAGGCCUGCGUGAGUGCAAAGUUUCAUCCCGUCCUUCCGUCACUGCUUGCUACGUGUGGCUGGGAUAGAGCAGUCAAGAUCUGGCAAUAAUAAUAAUGUUUAUCUUAAAGCUGGCUAUCCACAUAGGAACUGAUUUUUCAGUUUCACAACUAGGUUUUGCUUUUAAAUAUUUUAUGUCUUCUUACAUUUUAUUUCUAAAAGUGAUGUGUGUUUUGAAGUCCUCUCUAGCUUGUGUGUGAUACAGGAGAGACUUAUUCUCCGGCUGCAUCAUAUAGCUGCUUCAGUCACCUAGUCCCUUUCCCCCCUACACACCUUGUCACUAAAACUGUGUCAGUUCUUCACUAGUGCUCCCUCUAGGGCUUGCUAUCACCUGGCCUCUAAAUUAAGGCGAGCAACGGUGCAGGGGGAGAAGGCCAAUUUUCAUCUCUUCUUCCUCUGAGGGCUGUAUCACAUGUGACAUUGUAGGUUUUCCAAUCACUAGUUUUAGUCAAUUUGGAGGGGGGGCUGUAUGUGCACAUGGUCUUCAUACAAAAGAGGGGGUUAGGGGCUACCCUGCUUUAAAUACAUUCUGUGGCUAACUGCCUCACAGUUCCCAUUUCAGAUAAUUAAAGAAUGUUGUGUUAGGUUAAAAAGGGGAUAACUGACCCACUUCAUAUUUAAUCUUUGACUAUACUUUGGUCAAAGUAAAGAUUAAAAGUACAAUUUGUUCUAUCACUUUGGUAAAUCUACUCUUCAGAACUUCUUGAUUUAAAACUCUAUACCAGUUUUACCACUCCAUGCCUGAGUCCUACAGGAGUUUCCAUCUCAUUUGAGUAUUUGGUGAACUCACUGGUGCAACAACCUUGAGGUGUUUUUUUUUUUUUGAUACAGGAUAAAAUGGUCAGGAUCAUAUUAUAAAACCACGGUGGCAGUGAGAAGCCUGUAAAAUCUAUGGCGCGCACACACACACACACACACCCCAUAAGUGUGUGUUUUACACUUAUGGAAUUAUAAUGAAAGCCUAAAUGAUUUGAUACAAAAGUCACUUUCCUUUUGUGGAAGUUCAGUUUAAGUGUGAAACAAAAGUAAAAUGGAAAGUGAAUUUUUAAUUCAUUCCAGUUUAUGGUGAGAAACUUUAUUUAAAAUACUUAUGAGAAACGUCUCUUUUAUCAUUAACUGUGUGUAUAGACACCCAAAGUCUAUCACUGAUUUGUUCCUUUGGUAUAUUGAAUCUUUAGUAUAUUGAGCUUAGUCCAGCAGCAGAUAGAACACUGUUGGUUUGCUUGACUUAGGACUUCAACAGCUCCUCCAUCCCUGUGCAGGGGGAGCUAUUUCAGUCCUCCAUUUCAUCUGGGACCCCGGCAACUGGAGACAAGACCCGUUCAGGUGUUGUAUAACCGUGAGGGAAGCCUCACUUAUGUCCUAACCUUCUACCCUUGGUUUCCUUAGCUUCUACAGUGUGUGUGAGUGUGUUAUUUCUCCUUUUUAAUAAAACUCAUUAUCACUGAACGUCUGCCUCUGGAGUUCUAUAUACCUCUGAACUUGGUAUAUAUAAGGACUAGUCCCUUAGGUUAAGUUACCUGGCCACUAUAUUUGAGUUAACAUUAUCCCACUAAAUAAAUACAUUGUGUUUAGACUGUUCUCCUCACAUCUAGGGUAACAUUGAUGCGGUGGUGCAAGACUGUUGAUUGCAAGAUUGGCAGGUGAUGGGGGUCAGCUCCCAUCACUAGUCCCAACUUCUCCCAACCUAGCAGUUCGAAAGCAUGCAAAUGCAAGUAGAUAAAUAGGUACCACUUCAAUGGGAAGGUAACAACAUUCUGUAUAGUCAUGCUGGCCAUAUGACCCACAGUAUUUGACAACGCUGAGAUGAGCACCGCCCCCUACAGUCAAACAUGACUUGACAACCUUGUCAACAGGGAAUACCUUUACCUUUAUAUUGAGCCCUAUUGUUCUUUGAAUAGUUGAACCUGGCCAUAUUAGUUUGGUGUUUUUCUGGGGUUGUAUUAAUAACUGUGUCUUCAAACAGACACAGCAGUAAAGUAUUUCAUCUCUGUGGGUUCAGAUACAUCCUGAAGGGUUCAGUUUUUUACACACACUCACCCUCCAUACUGCAUUAAUAGUGCAGAUUAUACAGAAGAAAAUUCUGUAGUGCUGAAAUUACUACAUUAAUGUUGUUUGAGGCAAUAGGUGUGAACACAGAUUUCAUAGUGCUGAUUGCUGUUGUGAAUCACUCCUCAGUGAUUCAAGGUUCUCUUCCGCCCUAUAUCCUGAUGCGUACUGGGAGCCAUCAAUCAAGCUAUCUUGAUUUUGUUUUGUUUUAUAUUGCAUCACCUUUUUUUUGGGAAGGCUCAGAUUUUUUUUUUAUACUUUGAAUGGGAAAUGAAUAGAUUUUAGAUGCUGCUGUAUGGCAGCUCUCAUAAGCCCUUGCCAGCACAGCCUGUGAUGAGGAAUUAUGGAAGUUGUGGUCCAACAACAUUUGGAGGUCUGCACAAUCCCCAUCCCCAUUUUAAACUCUCUUUGUUGAGGAAUGCUUUUUGUCAUGCUGGGUAGAAACCAUACCUUUAUAGGAAUAUGAUAUUUGAUAUAGAAAUUUCGUUUUGGAAAAAUUAGUCGGAGUUGGAACUAAAGAUCUGAGCCAACUAUUUUACAAUUUUUUUGGUAGUCUUUGCUUUAACAAACCUUCAGAGUUGAAAGAAAUCAGAAGGGUUGGAAUUUUGGCUCUCAUUAUAAAAGACACUGAACUUUAGAAAUUAAAAACUUAGAAUAGGAAAUCACAUUGAAUAGAAAACACAGCAUUGUGCACAGUCUGGACAAAACUAGCAAUGACCUGCUAUUAUUGGCAGCCCAAGAACUUUACCAAAAAUAUUAUUCACUUCCUACACUGGAAAAAAAUGAACUUGUACAUAUAUGUUAAAAUGUAUAAAGAAUUCCAAUGUAAAGGUUGUGUAAUACUACAUUUUUUGAAAAAUCCGUUUUCACUAUUAAAAGUGUAAAAUAAAUAAAAUUUCUUCUCCUUGCCACAUUCAAUGUCUCUGUGCUUGUAAAGCUUUCAUUCCCAAGUCUAUUUAUAUAUGUUUUUGUUGACAGAAUAUUUUUUUUCAAUCAGUUUUCCUCUGUAA